AUGUUAUUAUUGGUAAUAACUGAAACUGGCAAGACAGUAGAGGCUAAACGAGCGAUGCCACGUGAAGAUUCCAACAGUCCUGAGUCUCACAUGACGGUGACUAAACUCUUCGUUGGCGGCUUGAAGAAGGAUGUAACUCAAGAGGAACUGCGUGAAUACUUCAGCAAGUAUGGCAAUAUCACCGAGUGUGAAGUGGUUUCCUGGAAGGAAACAGGCGAGUCACGUGGUUUCGGUUUCGUCACGUUCGAUGACUACGACCCUGUUGACAAGGCUAUCUUGUACAAGCCCCAUCACAUAGGCUCCAGCAGAGCAGAUGUCAAGAAAGCCCUCAGUAAAGAGCAAAUCAGUACAAUGAAAAGGAAGCAGGAGUCCAGGAAUGACUAUAAUAACAACUAUGGUGGCGGUGUCUAUGGCCCAAUGGGUGGUGGUGGCUACGGCGGAUACGAAGGAGGCUAUGGAGGAUCUUACGGAGGUGGUCCUUAUGGUGGAUAUGGUGCGAAUGGCGGAGGUGGUGGUGGUUACGGAGGCGGCUGGGGUCACAACCACAUGAAUGGGGAUGUCCCAGGUCGGGGUCAAGGAGGAAUGGGUGAUGGAUUUGGUCACUACGGAAACCAAAUUCGAUGGUUGUAA